AUGGCGGGUUCUCGAGGUGGUCAAGGUCAGUUUAUGUCGCUGAGCGGGCUCUCGGACCCCCAGGCUGCUGCUGCAGCUGCAAUGAAGUUCCACCUUGCCAUGACUUCGAACACCGGCCGUACGGGCGCUGGUACCACCGUCGCCACUGGCGCUGAUACCUUUGAUCACCCCGCAUCACACCACCGUCUGCCACCACCGCCUUCGGGUCAGUUUGCACCUCCCGAGGCACCCUUCCUGCCCGAAGUGAGCUCUGCCGCUGCAGCUGCUGCAGCAGCCGCAGCUGCGGCAGCAGCAGCUGCUGUUCCCUUCCUUGAUGCCAGACUUCCUCGACCAACAGCCUGGCAACAGCAACAGCAACCGCAGUCCCUGCCUCCCCUUCCACCACCUCGGCUCUCCUCAACACCCUCCGAGACCGCCAAAUCUAUCGAGGUAGAUGUCGCUUUUCUGAUUCUGCCGUGA